AUGUCUAAGUAUUCCGCCAACAGCUUGUGCAUCAAGUCGAGACAUAUGGCUAGGAUUCAAGCCGCAUGCAAGGAAGCAGGCAUCUAUGUGUCGCUCGGAUUCGCCGAAAAAGUGGGGGAGAGCCUGUAUAUGGCUCAGGCUCUCAUCAGCAGGUCGGGGGAGAUCGUCAACAAACGACACAAAAUCAUGCCAACCGGGUUGGAGAGAGUCGUGUAUGGCAAUGCGACGGAAAACUCCAUCAACAACGUCACAGAAACCCCGCUCGGUCGAAUUGGUCACCUUCAGUGCUGGGAACACAUUCAACCGCUGCUUAAGUUCAACACGAUCAGCCAAGGCGAGCAGAUUCACGUCGCCGCUUGGCCUGCUUUAUUCCCUCAUCUUGGCUUCGAGCCGUUUUCAAUGGCUGAUGAAGGAUGCGAAAUCAUCUCACGCACAUACGCUAUCGAAGCACAAGCGUUUGUCAUCAUGUCAACCUCCUUGAUCACCGCUGAGAACGCUGCAGCUGUCGGGUUGGACUUUGGCGCCAACGGACCGCCUGCUGGUACUUUCUUCCAGCCACCUGGCGGAGGUAGAGCUGGGGUGUUUGCUCCAGAUGGGCGGAAGCUGACGCAGACAGUGCCAGCGGAUAGAGAGGCCAUCAUCUACUGUGACAUCGACUUGUCGCUUUGCUCUCAAGCAAAACUGCUUGCUGAUCCUGUGGGUCACUAUGUUCGUCCAGAUUUGCUGAGGCUUGUGGCCAACAACGCCUUACCCAAACUCGUGUCCAGCCACGAUGCCACUCCCGUUCCAAUUCCGACUCCGAUUCCGGUUCCGGGGCUUCCAGAGGACGUUGACGCUAUGAAAGACGAGUCGGUCUAG